CGAAGAUUUGGCGAUGCCUCGACUCCGAGGAUAUUGAUAAGCACUACUAGGGGCCUUAAAACCAUGAGGUCUCAUGUUCAAUUUUUCGCCCAACAAUGACUCCCCGCUCUCCCUCGGCAUCCGCUCAAACCGAUUCUCUGGACGUACACGAAGUGGCUCUAGUGAACAUGAUGGAGGGGAUCGUUCCUGAGCAAAUUUUAGAAGACAAGGAGGAAAAAGCAAAUCCUGGUGAGGCCUCCGACGAUUAUCCUGACGGCGGAUUGAGAGCCUGGUUGGUCGUUCUGGGAACCGUGUUGUCGAAUUUCUCAACAUUUGGAUUCGUGAACUCUUGGGGAGUAUUCCAGUCGUACUAUGAACAGGACUUGCUACGAGGGACUUCACCUUCCACAAUUGCAUGGAUAGGUUCAGUUCAGUACGCACUGGUGUUUUUCCCGGCACUGUUUACUGGGCGCAUGUUCGAUCUCGGCAUUUUUAAAAUCCCUUACGCCAUAGCUUCGGUUGUCAUUGUUGCUAGCUGUUUCGUCACAGCUGAAUGCACCAAGUACUGGCAUUUCCUGCUUUGUCAAGGUAUCGCUCUUGGGAUUGCGUGUGGCAUGGUUUUCGGUCCGUCCCUCGCUGUGCUUGGUCAUUGGUUUAAGAAGAGACGGGGACUUGCGUUGGGAAUAACGGCCACUGGAUCUUCGAUUGGCGGUGCUGUCCUUCCCAUCGUAGCACGGAGACUUAUUCAGGAAGUCGGCUUCAAAUGGACGAUGCGGAUAAUCGGUUUCAUUCUACUCGUCAGUCUAUCGGUUCCAAAUCUGACGCUCGCUCGUCGGCUGCCGGCCAAGAAAGUGGCGGGUGGAGUCUUCAAUAUAGGAGUUUUUACAUCUCCUAUUUUCUCCGUUUAUUGUCUUGCAAUUUGUGUCUCGUUUCUGGGGCUUUACACUACUCUCACCUAUAUUGAUAUAAGCGCGAUACGUAUAGGAAUCUCACCGGAGUUCUCAUUCUAUCUAGUGGCUAUCACUAAUGCUGCAUCUGGAUUUGGACGUCUAUGUUCAGGUUUUCUGGUGGACAAAGCUGGCCCUAUCAAUUUUUAUGCUCCGAUGACGGUUAUUGCUGGUGUUUUAACGUACGCAUGGCCAUUUGCGCGUUCACAAGGGGGCCUGAUUGCCAUUGCAGUCUUGUACGGGUUUUCUUCCGGUGCCUUUAUCUCCACCUUCAUCUUACCGGUGUACGGGAUGGGAGAAAUGGAUGACGUAGGCCGUCGCACUGGGACAGUGAUGAGUAUAGCAGCUAUCGGUGCUCUCGUUGGUCCUCCUAUCUCUGGUGCGAUUAACGAUGUUUCCGGUGGGUUUGAGGCGGUCGGGUAUUAUGCUGGAACUAUGAUCCUGGUUUCGGUCGCUUUAAUGCUCUUGACAAGAUAUCUUGUCCUUCGUCGGUGGCGAGGCAUAUAUUGAGAUGCGUUGACAAUUAAAAAAUGUUCAACUUCGCCUUGGGGUAUUUUAAGAACAGGGCUGUUGAAACGAGAUAUCAGGCAUUGCAUUAUUUUCGAGCAGGAAAUCAUGCCUUACCCUCUCCUUCCAGUGUCAAUCUCCCAUCUCCCAUCUCCCUCCAUGUCCAAAUUGCACCAGUGAGUCUGUACCCAAUAUAAACGCGUCUCGUGCGGGUGACGGGCACAAACUCCGCGGAAUGAACCUGCGUCUCUGUUUUCUCUGAUCCAAGCAUUGACAGACACUUGGCAGAGGCGGUAUUUAGGCCUAUGGGUGUUGUCUUCCUUUACCUGAUUACGAGGUCUUCCCACUUCUGAAUAUUUUUGAUGGAGUCCGUAUCGAAAUUUACUCUCCAGACGUGACACGUGACGCAACGUGUUUUGGUAUUCUAAGUUGGUUUUGGUUGAUGAGCGUACUCCAUUCCCACGCUUUUCCCACGCUUGAGCUCGUAGACCCUGCAGGCUGCCAAUCUCAUUUCCCUGAAACUCAUUAUUAAGCGAUGUAACCGUCAGCCAGCGGUUACCAAACUCUUUUCCUACUUUUGAGAGCAGGUAAACACGAUUCUCGAAUGAAUAAGUACUAGUAUUUGUAGCUGUCCGUAAACCAACUGUAUGGAUUUUCAAGGAGGAUCGAUAAAAAUAGGUCUUUCAGGGUCAUUAUGAUCGUCAGCUCGUUGCCAG